CGCAGCAGGCGUGAAACAGGAGACGGAGUGGAGCUGUGGGAGGUGUCGUGGGUGAUGUACAGCGAGCAGGGAAAGGCUUCGCUUCAAUGUUGUCUGCAGAUAAUAUCGCGUAAAAAAAGUUCCGUUUGAGUGAAUGGAGAUGGUGCGAGCGAGUGUGAUGACGUCACGCGGUAGCGGCUGAGCAGGAGGACCGGGAUGGUGAGCUAGCAGCUGCUCUCUGCGACAGCAUCCCCGUGCCCACUGAAGUCCGUAUAAGCAGGAGACAGUAAGGAUGGACUCUAUGUCUCUGAUGAGUGGAAGCAGGAACCCUGUGUUCCUCACAGCCUCCUCCUCCCACCACCAUGCCCAGGGCCCCCUGCUGCCCAACGGCAUGAAGAAUGGAGCUGCAGAUCCAGGAAGCUGGUGCGUGUCUGCUCAGCCUACUGUGGCCAUUCUGGGAUCAGGUGACUUCUCCAAGUGCCUGACCAUUCGCCUGCUGCGCUGUGGCUUCCAUGUGGUGGUGGGUAGCCGCCAUCCCAAAUUGGCAGCCCACUCAUUUCCACAUGUGGUGGAUGUAACACACCAUGAAGAUGCUGUGGGGAAGGCUAACAUUGUAUUCCUGGCAAUCCGCCGUGAGCACUAUUCUGUUGUGUGGGACCUCAAACACCUACUGGAAGGGAAGAUCCUGGUGGAUGUGAGUAACAAUAAGCGAGCGAACCAGUAUCCAGAGUCCAACGCUGAGUACCUGGCUUCACUGCUGCCUGACUCCAUCGUGGUCAAAGGCUUCAACGUCAUCUCAGCCUGGGCCAUGCAACAGAGCUACCCUAAGGAUGCCAGCACACAGGUGUUCAUCUGCAGUGACUCAGUGGAGGCCAGGCAGCAGAUCAUGGAAUUAGCCCGGCAGCUCAACUUCCAGCCGGUGGACAUGGGCACCCUGUCUUCUUCCCAUGAUAUUGAGAACAUGCCUAUCCAGUUAUUCCCUGGCUGGAAGGGCCCUGUUCUUGCUGCUGUGGCCCUCUCCAUCUUCUUUUUUUCUUACUCGUUUAUUCGAGAUAUAAUUCACCCAUAUAUGAAAUACAAGCAGAGUGACUUUUACAAGAUCCCAAUAGAGAUAGUGAAUCGGACACUGCCUACCGUCGCCAUCACUCUCUUGGCCCUGGUGUACCUUGCAGGACAGUUAGCAGCUGCCCACCAACUCUACUAUGGCACCAAGUACAAGCAUUUCCCACACUGGCUGGAAAACUGGCUGCAGAGCCGGAAACAGCUGGGCCUCCUCAGUUUUUUCCUGGCUGCCGUUCAUGUUCUCUACAGUGUGUGCCUGCCUCUGAGAAGGUCUGAGAGAUACCUGCUGCUCAACACUGCUUAUCAACAGGUCCACUCUAACAUGGAAAGCACAUGGAACGAGGAAGAAGUGUGGAGGGUGGAGAUGUAUGUUUCCUUUGGGAUCAUGAGUCUGGGGCUGCUGUCUCUGCUGGCUGUCACCUCCAUCCCGUCUGUCCACAGCACGCUCAACUGGAGGGAAUUCGGCUUCAUACAGUCCACUCUGGGGUACAUCGCCCUGCUCAUUGCGACCUUCCACGGGCUGUUGUUUGGCUGGAAACGCGCCUUUGAGGAGGAGGCCUACCGCUUCUACCUGCCCCCCAGCUUCGUCGUGGCCCUGGCGCUCCCGGUGUGCGUCAUCGUUGGGAAGCUGCUGAUCCUGCUCCCUUGCGUGGCCCGCAAGCUCCACCAGAUCCGCAGGGGUCAGGACAGCAGUGAGAUGAGGGGCAAGCGCAUGGAGCCGGUGGGCUCAGCUGCCCACAUUUCCCCUGAGAGGGUCACCAUUAUGUGAUCAGCGACCUGCCUGUUUGUAGCUACAGGUGAGGAACCACUGUAGUGAUUCUCACUGAGGGACUGUGUGUCUGAUGACAGCUUCAUGCUGUACCAGUGGACCUGUUGCUGUAUCCACUUAUUUAUAUUGCUCCAACGAUACUGCUUCGUAUUAUUGUGUAGUAUUUUAUCAGAACGUCACGUCUCUGCUUCGAUUCGCUGCUUUAACUGAAACUGCAGUUUGACUGCUAAAAGUGACGUUUGUACAGGUCCUGCUCAUCUGUGAGAACAGCUGUUUGCUCUUCUGUGACAUCACAUGUGAAAGUGACUGUGGAGUGUAGCAGAGGCACUGUCAGUGGGACAGAACCUGACCUGCAGCUUUGAUGAUGUUGGAGGACAGCUGCUUGCUCCUUUUCUGUCUCUCCUCAGUAUAAUACUGUACACCUGCAUUUACCUGUGUCUGUCUCUGCAGUAAGAUCUGAGGCUGUCAUUAACACAUGCAUUGUUUUCCUUACAGACCGUCGUGGAAGUGUGUAACAUUUGUGUCAGUCAGUGACGCUCAUGUGACACACAGCUGGAUCAUUCCCAGUCAGCUUCACACUGAGUGUUAGUUUAUAGUAUUUAGCUGUAUUUUUACACAGUGAAUGAACAGCCUGUGUCUAAUCUGCAGCACAUUCAGCUGCUGUUAAAUAAGCAGCAGCGCCCUCUGCUGUCUGAAUGAAGGCUGGCUUCAGAAAUCGUACUUCUCUGUAUAUUUAUUGAGUUUGUGAGGUUAACGCUUUAAGGAUUAAGGAGAUCUACAGCAGCUGGAUUAGACUACGGGCCGGAGCGGUGAUGGAUGACAGGAACGUCAGAGUACAAAUAAA